GGAUUGAUACAUGUGAUUAUGGGUAAUGACAAGCACAUUACUUAUGAAGAGCUGUGCAAUGCUGUUAGCCUGGUUCAUAAAGGGAAGGCACUCGCUCAAUCGGAAGCUGUACAGUUUGUUUUCCGCACCGAAACAGACAUAGAGCUCUGAACGUCUGAUCCUUUCCACAAGUAUUCUUUUCCCUUGAAAUCACUUCAUCAUUUUUGGAGCAGAGACUCAUCUUCAUCAGCAAUAGACGGCUUCGCCUUGCCCAAACCACAUGCCCUCCUCCCUCUCAUGUUCUACCUUUUUUGGCAGCAGAUUUCCAUUACACAGCUACCUGAUCAUGAUGGGGAUCAGAAAAGCCACGAAGUUGCGUGUGGUUUCUCAAAUCCUUUUGCAAAAGAGUUGAGGUAAGAUGUGGCCGAUUAAAGAAGAUGCAGGUCACAGCUUUAGGCAAAUUGUUAAAGCAAAAAAGCAGUCCUAGUUUUUGAAGAAGGACGAUGCCAGUGAGCGACAGUGAGCGCAGUGAGCGCUCACUGCGCUCACUGCAAAAAAGCACAAAAAAGCAGUCCUAUUUCAAGAAGCAAAAGAGUUUUUGAAGAAGCAAAAGAGUUUUUGAAGAAGCAAAAGAGUUCACUGCGCUCACUGAACUCUUUUGAAGAAGCAAAAGAGUUUUUGAAGAAGGACUGCAAAAAAGCAGUCCUAUUUCAAUAGCGACAGUGAGCGCAGGACGAUGCCACCGAAGAAAGCACAAAACGGCAAAUUGUUAAAGCAAAAAAGCAGUCCUAGUUUUUGAAGAAGGGUUCGUGGGUGAGGGAGAGAGAAUUGAUCGUUGCUUAUCUUACUUACACCUGCGAAAUCAUGUGGAGGAUUGUAUUAUCAAGGAAAAAUAAAUAGUGAGUGCAGAUUUUACUGGCACUGAUUCUGGGAGGACCGCAGAGGAUCAAUCCGUCUUGUAUUGACAGUAUGAUCCAACCGUGAGUGGUGUUCAGUACUACUUCACGCAUGACAUUGGUGUGCUCUACAGGCCUCGAAUUAAAUAUGCCUCUGAAGGAGAAGAACCCAACAUUCCACUGGGAAGCAUAUGCUAGCUAAGAAGCGGAUAGCCACGGGAAAGAAUCGUCCUCGGUACAUUUUAUCUAUCCGAUGAUGGUCUGAUGUGGAGGAAACGAUCCGAUUCCCGAUUCCCGAUUCCUUCCUCGGUGUUCCCACUAUGGAGCUUGAAUUAGAAUCUCUCUUAGUGGACUGAUCCUAACUAACCAUUCAUUGGUGGGAUAGGAAAGGUGGUUAGAUGGAUAAAGAUGGGUGGCCACAACCGGAAAGAAGUGGUUCGAGUGGAAGCCAGGUCCUUCAUUAUAUUAUCAGAAAGGAAGAGGGAAAGGGUCUUUUGGAUUGGUGGUGGACAGACAUGACCAGGGCAUUUCCGCAGCGACGCAACCCCACUACGUCACUUCACUCCCUUCAGCUCACCCUCACCCCCGUCAUCCAGGUUUUAUCUCUCUCAACUGCUCUGUUAUAUCAUGUCCUUUUCGCUGGAGGCAGAAUAUUCCGUUGGUUAUCUAUAGUUAAAUUACAGUGAUGGAACUGUACGCCUUGGUAGCAGCGUUGUUACGACUCCUCCUACACUAUAGGAUUGAUGAAUGAAGUGAGAUGAAUUAGAGUUGUGGACAUUUCAACCACAAGUGAUGUAUGACCAAAAUACCGAACAGAGUAUGGAAGCUAAACUUCUGUUUCUACUACUACUACUUCGAUGUUGGGGAAUGGCUACAAGCAGCAGUCACUUUCUGUUUCUCCCCACAUGAGUUCACGGUUCCCAUGCACAAAAGUAUCCACGUAUCGUCUUCCUACAAGAGGAGCAAAAGAACCGGAACCCGACCAAACGACACUCCCAACUCAUCCUUCAGCCAUGAAACCACCACCCCUUGCAAUAGAAGUAGAAGCCCCGGCAGCAGCGGUAGUACUACCUUCGUCUUCGCCGAGAUGGGCUGCCGGCAUCAUCAAGCGGACCGUCCUCUCGGAGCUCCGGUCGCAGCGAGGGAUCGCGCUUCCCCUGGUCGCCAUGAACUUGACGUGGUUCGCCAAGACCGCCAUCACCACCGCGUUCCUCGGCCGGCUCGGGGAGCUCGAGCUGGCCGGUGGAGCCCUUGGCUUCACCUUCGCCAACGUCACGGGCUUCUCGGUUCUCACCGGCCUCUGCGCCGCCAUGGAGCCCAUCUGCGGCCAGGCCUACGGCGCCAAGAACUACAAGCUCCUGCGCAAGACGCUCCUCAUGGCCACGAUCCUGCUACUGCUGGCCUCCCUCCCCAUCUCCUUCCUGUGGCUCAACGUCGACAGGAUCCUGUUGCGCUUCGGGCAACAGAGGGACAUCGCCGGCCUCGCGAGGAGGUACGUCACGUACCUCCUCCCUGACCUGGCCGUGACGUCCUUCCUCUGUCCUCUCAAGGCCUAUCUGAGCUCCCAGGGCGUGACCCUCCCCACCCUCUUCAGCUCGGCCAUUGCGCUGGCCUUCCAUGUUCCCCUCAACGUCGCGCUGUCGAAGGCGAAGGGGCUGCAGGGCGUGUCGACGGCCAUCUGGUUGACGGACCUCACCGUCGUGCUCAUGCUGGCGUCUUACGUGGUGGUGACCGAGAGAGGAAGGCGGCGAGAGGACAGCGCAGGGGGGUGUGCGGAGGAGGGAGGGCGGCGGUGGUGGGAGCAAAGCCUGGCCGAGUGGGCCACUCUGCUCAAGCUCUCGGCCCCCUGCUGCCUGACGACGUGCCUGGAGUGGUGGUGCUACGAGAUCCUGGUGCUGCUCACCGGGCGGCUCCCCGACGCCCGGCGCAUGGUGUCGGUCAUCGCCGUCGUGCUCAACUUCGACUACCUGCUCUACUCGGUGAUGCUCUCGCUGGCGACGUGCGCGUCCACGCGGGUGUCCAACGAGCUCGGGGCGGGCAGGCCCCGCGCCGCCCGCGAGUCGGCUUACGUGUCGCUGGUCCUCAGCGUCCUCGCGGGCUUCACGGGGGGAGCGGCGAUGGCGAGCGCGAGGGGGCAGUGGGGGCGCCUCUUCAGCCACGAGCCGGGGGUCGUGGACGGGGUGAGGAAGAUGAUGCGGCUCAUGGCGCUGGUGGAGGUGGUCAACUUCCCUCUGGCGGCCUGCGGCGGCAUCGUCCGGGGCACCGCCAGGCCGUGGCUAGGCAUGUAUGCCAGCGUCGGCGGGUUUUACCUGGUGGCGCUGCCGCUGGCGGUGGUGAUGGGCUUCACGGCGCAACUCGGCCUCGGCGGCCUGCUGCUGGGCUUCCUGGUGGGCACGUUAGCCAGCGCCGUGUUGUUGGUGGUGUUCGUGGCGUGCAUCGAUUGGGACGAGGAGGCCGGCAACGCACGGAGAUUGGCCGGAAAGGCUUAACGCCUUUGGAAAGCAGAGCAUGACGGGUCGGGAGCACAAAGAGAUGAAGCAAUAUUAGAUAUCGCUGCAUCUUCCUACCAAAAAAGGCAGCAAAAACAUUUUGUAAUCUGUCAAUAAAUACCCUAUCCAUGUUAUGUUUUCUACUCUUUUCUAUACUUUAUAGUUCCACUA